GUCAACUCUGAUCAAAUGCAAGUUAUUUACCAACAAAGCUCGGCUUUGACUUAUGAGAGGAAAGGCUCUCGACAAGUUUCCACCAUUGGUCCAGAUGAGAAGCAGGCAUUUACCCUAAAUGUAGCAAUCUCAGCUAGUGGGGUCCUUCUUCCAUUCCAGGUGAUCUUCAAAGGCAAGACUAAAGCUAGUCUCCCUGCCCCAGGUUCUCCCUCACACGAUGAAGCCAAUCAACUUGGUUUUCUAUUUGAGUUCUCAGGCAGCGAUAAUUACUGGGCAAAUGAAGUUGUCAUAUCCAUACAAUCCCAACCUCUGCUCCAGGCUCCCGGAACUCCGAAACUGACUCGGAGCCCUAAUUCCCUUCCAUCUCCUUCUCCUUGCCGACUCCCAAGAGGUUACCCCACCUCCGGCUCCAACACCACCUUCAGUCCGACUCUGGAACAUUCCGGGUCCGACCUCAACCUCGACACCUUCCAGACAAGCACACAACACGUAUGCUCCCAACUCCAGACCUCCACUCCAGAAUCCCAUUUGCAUCUCUGUCUCUGGAACCUCCGGUCUUAG